AGACUGGGUAUCUUGGCGGGUGCCUGAAGACUGCUAUUUUCCCCGGUCUUAAUGAAUGUCCUUCAUGGUUUGUUUACAUUUUUGCUUUUGGGCUGACAAUGAACAUGGAUUUUUCGAUCUUAUCAAAUUGGGUUUCGGUUCUCACUUUCUUUCCCUUACUCAGAACAUAACACGGCUAUUAUUUGCAUAUGCAGAUGGUUGUGCAAUUCUCCAAAGGCAUCUGAACUUUGAACAGUAGGCUUUCAUUUCUAUAUUUUGGUCCACUAAACCCAUUCCAUUUAUAAAAACAAUUUGCACCAUCAACUAUGGUUGGGUUCAACCUCUUUCUAAAGCAUGUUUUGCUAUUUAUUCUAACAUAUGUACCUUCUCUGUUUCUGCACGCAGGACAGUCGGUAGCCUUUGGUCCCAGACAUUGCAUGCCUCACCUAAUGGUUGCGUGUAAGGUCAUUGACUUACUAAAACACUGGUCGGCAACAGGUGUUGGCUCAAGGUUUUUUAAAACAUUUUUUACGGUUUUGGUCAAACCUUUCAGGGGUUCGGUAGAAAUCUGUUAAUAACUAUUCCCACACACAAGUCAUGAUCGCUUCUCAAUAUAAUCAAGGUAUGAAAUUAUGUAUCUUCAAAUACAAUCUAUUGUGCUUGCGGUCAAUUUGCAGCGAAAAAUUAUACUCGGACGCGCGGCUGAAUCUGCCACUACCCAGGCGUUGAAAGAGCUGUCAUGCGUAGCAACGCCUGGGCAGAGGAACGAACCCAUUCUCAACCUUGCCUGUGGCUGGGGGAGGGGGCUUGUGUGGGAGAAACCAGGAAGAGAAAUGGUAUGAAUGUAUUUGACAACUUCAACCUCAUGUAGCCUGAAUAGCUAGUGUCUAUUUGACGAAUACAUUUUACUCGACAACUGAGACCCACUUGCUUUAUGUCAAAACGAAAUAAAAAAUUUAGAACGGUAACCCCCGCUUUGAAACGAAGGUUAAAGUUCACAGGAAGCUGGGGGGGCUACCAUUUUUCACUGCUGCUUACAUUUUAGAUGCUAGAGAGGGAGGGGUGGUCGUCGUGGUUUUAUUUAAUUUCUCCAGACUAUUGAGCUGUACACGUUUUGUUUGUUUCGCCACCCCUACUCACUAACAAAAAUUGAUGUUGAAUGAAUUCGGCAUGGAGAAAAUAGCGGAGCAGUCGUGGAAUUCUUCAUACACCUAUCAGGUGAUCAAGCAUAGCGCGGAGAUGCUACACAAUCUCAACAUUCAGAGGAAAGAUGGAGGCAAGUUUUGCGAUGUGAUCUUGCGCGUCGGCGAAGAGAGCUUCCAUGCCCACAAGGCGGUACUGGCGGCGUGCAGCGAGUAUUUCGAGUCCGUUUUUGGGUGUCAAACGGAGGGCGACGGGGAUGCAAAAGAGCUCGAGAUGCAUACGAUAAGUCCCAAAGUUUUUAAAGACAUUUUGGACUUUGCCUACACCUCUAGGAUUGUGGUACGAUUGGAAUGUUUUCCCGAGUUGAUGACCGCUGCUAAAUUUCUGCUAAUGCGUUCUGUCAUCGAGAUAUGCCAAGAAGUAAUCAAACAGUCCAAUGUACAAAUUCUUGUUCCACCCUCAAGAAGAGGCGACGUUAGUUUAUUCCGUGCCACGGGGGGCUCUGAAUUUAGUUUCACAUUGGCUGUAGACAACAUGUCAAAUGGGAAUGGCUUGUUUACCAACAAUGGGAAGACGCAUAAUGUGGAUGGAAAUCGGUCCAAUGAUACAGUCAUGUCGGAUGGCAGCCCCCAGUCCUCUAUGCCAGUCCUGCAGCCCGUGUCUCCAUCAGAGAUGACGGGCAACCCGUUCCAAGAAGAGGGCUCUUCGGGUUCCAAGAGAGGCAGGGGGCGACCAAAGAAGGGGACAGUCAUGGAGCCUAUUCAUUACAUCAGCACCUCUGACGUUAAAGAAGACAUUGAGCAGAUAUUUCCUUGUGGAAUAUGUGGCAAGGCAUUUACAGAGGCUGUGCGGUUGAGAAACCACGAAGCGCAGCAUGGAGCGUCCAGCCAUGGCGCGAGUAGCGGCGACGGCUUGUCUGGCGAGGGAGGCCCUACCUCGAUAUCGCACCCUGGUCAGCCCGGUCUGUUGGAGAAUGGCAUGCCAUUGCAUGGAGGAGUAGGCCUAGAAAACAGCCGUAAGCGCGAGAGGACGAGACGUCAUGUUGGCUGUGACAUUUGUGGGAAGGUGUUUCGGGAUGUGUACCACCUGAACCGACACAAGUUGUCUCAUUCCGGGGAAAAGCCAUAUGCUUGCCAUGUCUGUGGCCUGCGGUUCAAGCGCAAGGACAGGAUGUCAUACCAUGUCCGGUCACAUGAUGGAUCUGUGGGUAAACCCUACCUCUGUCAAAGCUGUGGAAAGGGGUUUUCCAGGCCAGACCAUCUGAAUGGACACAUCAAGCAGGUUCACACAACAGAGAGACCCCAUAAGUGCCAGAUUUGUAAUGCUUCCUUUGCUACAAGAGAUCGCCUGCGGUCCCACCUAGCUUGUCAUGAGGACAAGAUCCCCUGCCAGAUGUGUGGGAAGUACCUCCGAGCUGCGUACAUGACCGACCACCUCAAGAAACACAGUGAAGGACCUCACAACUACUGUGGUAUAUGCAACAAAGGUUUCUCCACUGCGUCCUACCUUAAGGUGCACGUAAAAUCGCACCAUGGCUCGCCAUUGCUCCCCCAUACUGCCCAAGCACACGGUGCCUUCCCUGCGCUGCACGGGGAGCCGCAGAUGCACAGCGGCGCCCCCUACCACACGGGACGCCAGUGCACAGUGGAAGACCUGUGCACCAGUCGACGGCUGCUGGUCACCUUCCCAGAGGCAGAUGGUCACUGCUUUCUCCCCCAGGCCGGCCCUCCCUCCCUGGGUCUGCAGCCUGAGCUGCUCCUGGGGAAACCAGGGCCUGGGGGGGCUCCAUAUUUCUGGGAGUGCCACUCUGCCGGGCCGCCUGGGUUUCACCCCCUCCACGGGCCUCUGCCAGACGGGCAGGAGAAUGCUGGAAAAUGCCCCCAUCAAAGAGAAUCUGAGGGAGACGAGCCGUUGUUCGGGGAUCUGUCCAACGGCGACGAAAUUAAGUCUCCGCACAAGUCUGAGGAAGAGGAGCUUGGGACGCCGUUCGACUGCAACGGAGCCUCUACCGAUACCGGGGCCGUGGGAGGGUCGCCACCAGGUGACGUUAAAGCCAAGACCAGCCAGGACUCUCCAGUGAAGAAGUUCCCUUGCAGCGAGUGCACCCAGACCUUCCGCACCAAGUCUUACCUCAAUAAGCACGUCAACAGAGUGCACCAUCAUGGGGUCCAGAAGAGUCUAGUGGUGGGUGUAGGGUCGGGGUCAGGUCUGGGGGAGCUGGGUCCUUCCCUGGGCUCUCCCUUCUCCCCUCAACAGAACAUGUCUCUGCUGGAGUCAUUUGGCUUCCAGAUCGUCCAGUCUGCCUUUGCCUCGUCGCUGGUGGACUCUGAGGCAGGACAUAGUGGGAUGGAGCUGGGGGGGAAGUGACCUGUAGCUCAGUGGGGGGGAAGUGACCAAUAGGUCAAUGUGGGGGGACGUGAACCUAGAUUUGUGUUGGAAAUUUGCCCUAGUUAGGUCUGUUCAGCCUAUCAGAUGUAAGGGAAUGACGUUGUCUAUAGACUGCUCUUGACGUUGUCUAUAGACUGCUCUUGACGUUGUCUAUAGACUGCUCUUGACGUUGUCUAUAGACUGCUCUUGCGUUGCCUAUAGACUGCUCUUGACGUUGUCUAUAGACUGCUCUUGACGUUGUCUAUAGACUGCUCUUGACGUUGUCUAUAGACUGCUCUUGCGUUGCCUAUAGACUGCUCUUGACGUUGUCUAUAGACUGCUCUUGACGUUGUCUAUAAACUGCUCUUGACGUUGUCUAUAGACUGCUCUUGACGUUGUCUAUAGACUGCUCUUGCGUUGCCUAUAGACUGCUCUUGACGUUGUCUAUAGACUGCUCUUGACGUUGUCUAUAAACUGCUCUUGACGUUGUCUAUAGACUGCUCUUGACGUUGUCUAUAGACUGCUCUUGACGUUGUCUAUAGACUGCUCUUGACGUUGUCUAUAGACUGCUCUUGACGUUGUCUAUAGACUACUUUGCUGUUCAUGGCAUCAUCGCUCACUGUUGUUUUAUUACAUUCUGUGUCAUGGAGCUAUUACUAUCUAUAUACAGCAUUUCUUUAUGAAGACCAUUUCAGAGCAGAAUAUAAAAUGUACAUUAACAUGAAUUAUUUUAAUGUUAAGCAACUUAGACAGCGGAUUUUAGAAAGCUGUUAUGUUCCUUUUGGAUUGUAUUUGUAUGGUUGUUUAUGACAUAACGAUGCCCUUAAGAUCCAUUACCAUGCACAUAUAAGAAAAAUAUAUUAGUAAAUGCUGUUAUUAUCAUUUCAGGUAAUGGAAAUACAGAGUGUGGUUUGUAACCAAUGGGUUAGUACAUGCAUUCACUGGGUCAUUUUGAAUUGCUUUGUUAUUAUCAAUAUGCUGUUCACAGCUGCGGUGAAACCGUCAAACCCAAGCUUCCCCUUACUUCAGACAGAGCUCCUGAAGGGGAGCGGCUGCAAAUGGAACUCUGGUCUAACUCUGAAUAGAAUCCUAGUCAAUUCUAUCAGUUUCUGCAGGGCAAGGAUAAAACCCUAUGGCUGUUCCAUUUGAGAAUGUUCUAUUCUCUUAUUACAGAAUUUUAUAGAACAGAUGUAUUUGUUAGUCACGUGAAAUCAAUUCUAGGUAUUCAACAGGGACCAAGUUCAGGUUUGACUAUUAGAAAUCGUGAGAAAUGUAGAAUAUAUUUUAUUAAUUUAUUGAUUGCCCUGUAUGCUUUGUGGACAAAGUUUUUUUUAUGAGUUGAUGUUUGAGAUGUCGAUGUGUUGUCCUGAUUUUAGUCUAUAAGUUAUGCUAGAUACAGGAGGCCAACUAGGGAGCGACAGUGAAAUAUCUGGAUGUGUUUGGUGCUCUCUGAUAUGUGCUUUUGUCCUCCGAAUCUAAUCAACAAGAAGGCUUUUAGUCUAAUUGUUUGUCAGAUAGUUUUGCUUUAUUACUUUCAGUACAUUCCUGCUUUUAUUUAUCGUUAUAUUGUGAUUGUAACGAGUGUAUAUAACAUUCAUUCAUAUAUAGUGGAUUCAGAAAGUAUUCAGACCGCCUGCAUUUUUCCACAUUCUGUUACGUGUCAGUCUUAUUCUGAAAUUGAUUUAAUUGUUUUUUUCCCUCAUCAAUCUACACACAAUACCCCAUAAUGAAAAUAUCACAUUUACAUAGGUAUUCAGACCCUUUACUCAGUACUUUGUUGAAGCACCUUUGGCAGCGAUUACAGCCUUGAGUCUUCUUGCGUAUGACGCUACAAGCAUGGCACACCUGUAUUUGGGGAGUUUCUCUCAUUCUCUCUGUGGAUCCUCAAGCUCUGUCAGGUUGGAUGGGGAGCGUUGCUGCACAGGUAUUUUCAGGUCUCUCCAGAGAUGUUCGAUCGGGUUCAAAUCUGGGCUCUGGAUGGGCCACUCAAGAACAUUCAGAGACUUGUCCCGAAGCCACUCCUGCGUUGUCUCAGCUGUGUGCUUAGGGUGGAUGUCCUGUUGGAAGAUGAACCUUCGCCCCAGUCUGAGGUUCUGAAUGCUCUGGAGCAGGUUUUCAUCAAAGAUCUCUCUACUUUGCUCUGUUCAUUUUUCUCUCCGUCCUGACUAGUCUCCCAGUAACUGCCGCUGAAAACAAUUCCCACAGCAUGCUGCUGCUACCACCAUGCUUCACCGUGGGGAUGGUGCCAGUUUUCCUCCAGACAUGACGCUUGGCAUUCAGGCCAAAGAGUUCAAUUUUGGUUUCAUCAGACCAGAGAAUCUUGUUUCUCAUGGUCUGAGAGUCUUUACAUGCCUUUUAGCAAACUCCAAGCGGGCUGUUGUCUUUUACUGAGGAGUGACUUCUGUCUGGCCACUCUACUAUAAAGGCUUGAUUGGUGGAAUGCUGCAGAGAUGGUUGUACUUCUGGAAGGUUCUCCCAUCUCCACAGAGGAACUCUGGAGCUCUGUCAGAGUAACCAUCGGGUUCUUGGUCACCUCCCUGACCAAGGCCCUUCUCCCUCGAUUGCUCAGUUUGGCCGGGCGGCCAGCUCUAGGGAAGAGUCUUGGUGGUUCCCAACUUCUUCAAUUUAAGAAUAAUAGAAGCCACUGUGUUCUUGGGGACGUUCAAUGCUGCAGACAUUUUUUGGUACCCUUCCCCAGAUUUGUGCCUCAACACGAUCCUGUCUCUGAGCUCUAUGGACAAUUCCUUUGACCUCAUGGCUUGGUUUUUGCUCUGACAUGCACUGUCAACUGUGGGACCUUAUAUUGACAGUUGUGUGCCUUUCCAAAUCAUGUCCAAUCAAUUAAAUUUACCACAGGUGGACUCCCAAGUUGUAGAAACAUCUCAAGGAUGAUCAAUGGUAACAGGAUGCACCUGAGUUCAGUUACGAGUCUCAUAAGCAAAAGGUCUGAAAACUUAUGUAAAUAAGGUAUUUUAAAAUAAUUUUUAAUACAUUUGCAAAAAUUUCUAAACCUGUUUUCGCUUUGUCAUUAUGGGGUAUUGUGUGUAGAUCGAUGAGGAACAUUUUGUAUUUAAUUAAUUUUAGAAUAAGGCUGUAACGUAACAAAAUUGGGCAAAAGUCAAGGGUCUGAAUACUUUCCGAAUGCAUGCAUGCAUGGAAUAUAUAUAUAUAUAUAUCUAAUGAUUGAUUUCAUCUUUAGUCGAUGAAUGGGGAUUUUAUAUAUAUAUAUAUAACCUUUUUUUCCUUCCUUGCCAAGUUUUGGUGGUGGUUGUUCGGUUUUCCUCACUGUGAGUGCCCAUGAUCUGCUGUGUACUGUUCUGGACAUAAAUGUUUGUUGGGAUGAGGUUGUUCACUGGAUGGUGACAGAAGUAUCCCUGUUCACUGUAGACCUGGGUUCAAAAAGUCUCUUGAAAGCAUUUGCUCUAGUCUGGCUGGAGUGACAGAUGGGUGGGUUUUGCACUUGUGGGACUCUUCUAUUGUGCCAGGUAAGCUAAAUCAAAUACUAUUUGAAUCCAGGUCUGGUUCAGUGUGCUGUUACCUUGUUCUGGUAGUGUGUACUCUACCAGUUUAGUUCUACCACCAAUGGCUUUGAUCAAUCAGUCUGUUUA